GGGGAAAGAGGCGAGGGGGAUCACGAGCAAACGGUCCCGAGGGGACAACAAAGGAGGGGAAGGAGAAGGCGACGUGGGCUUGGCGUCGCCCCCACCAGCUCGCCGCUUUCUGCUUCCCUCUUCCACCCCCCAGGAAAGGGCUGAUCCUGCCGGGGGUCGGAUCUCCGGCAAAGUUCGCCCGACGAGGCACCCCGGCCGGCGGGUCCGCGCUCUUCCCAUGCGCAGAGGGGAACCCGGAGCAGCGCUCACCAUGCGCUCGGCUCUGCUGGUACUGCUGUUGCUCGGCGUAAUCUCCUCCUGCAGGGGAACUACCGUAGCUGGAACCACGGCUGGCACGUCGGUGAGGCCCACAACCAGUGCUAAGCCCACCACGUUAACCACCAGAAGUGCCACUUCUCCACUGACGACCCUGAAGACCACCGCCUCUGCUACCGCAGCCAAAAGCAGUGUCCCGGCAACUGCGCCCCAAACAGGAAGCCCCCCACCGAGUACGUCCACGGGGACCACUAAUAAACCAGCAGACACAACUACGAGUGGAGCCAAGGGGCCUCCUGCCACCGCAGCUACAUCCGUGGCUGCAAGCACCACCAAACCACCCUCUGCAACCGUAACAGCAUCAACCAAAGCUACAUCUGCGGGCCCCCGAGAAACAACGACGUCCGUGACAGGCGUUGGGUCAAAAGCAGCGGCCUCGACGCCACACGCUAGCAUUGUGGCGACAAGCGCCCCGACUCUGAAGCCAGAAAGUUCAGCUGCUGUCACUCCAGGGAAGAGCCCAGGCGCUGCCGGCACAACGCCAGGUUCAGGAGCCGUCACCACGGUUGCCUCUACAACGGAGAAGUCUACAAGCAGGGUCGUCGUCCCCCCUGCUGCGGUGCCCACAGAAAAGCCAAAGAAAGCCGAGUCAACAACGAGAACGGUGACAACAAAAGAACUUGGGGGGACGGCGGGCAGCACAGCCACGCAUACGCCAGGAGCGGCUCCAGCACCCCCCGGCUCGAGCCCUGGGACUUCAGUCACAAAGAAGACCCCCUCAGCCUCUCCGCAGCCGCCCGUCGCAUUUCCUGAUACUUCUUUCGUAGCCCAGUCCAAGAUUGUUUGUGAAAAAGCGGCGCCACCAGAAGACCAGGCAAUCAUUUUGACCUUGAACCAAUCCACGCCGUGUAGCAGUUUGGAGAAGAGCUCCGCAAAAGAGGCUCUCUUGAAUGUCCUCUGCAAAGCGGUGAAGCCCACCUUCAACCAGAGCCGGGAUGGGUGUUUGGCGAGGCUGGCCUCCAAAGACGACCCCAAGUACUUGGCUGUCCUCGAGGUCGCUGUGUUGACAAACUCUGCGGAUAAGGAGCUGUUUGAGUCUUUGGCGGCGAAGAUGGAAGAGCUGGAAAAGAUUGGAGUGAAGAACAUCACCCACGGCGGCAGGAGCAUGGACCCCGACAUGGAAGACCGCUUUAGCAUGCCCCUGAUCAUCACCAUUGUCUGCAUGGCUGCCUCUCUGCUACUUGGUGCCGCCAUCUACGGCUGCUGCCACCAGCGCCUCUCCCGAAGGAAGGACCAGCAGCGCCUGACCGAGGAACUUCAGACGAUGGAGAAUGGUUACCAUGACAACCCGACCCUGGAGGUGAUGGAGACCUCCUCGGAGAUGCAGGAGAAGAAGGUCAACCUGAACGGGGAGCUUGGAGACAGCUGGAUUGUCCCUAUGGACAGCCUAACGAAAGAGGAUCUGGAGGACGAAGAGGAUACACAUUUAUAAUGGUUUGGGGCUUUUUGUUUUGUUUUCUAAAGGAAAAAGAGAACGAACUUUGUGCUAGGCAAAAAUUUCAAAACACGGAAAACUCAAAACUUGCAGCCACAAGUGCCGACAUGCAGAAGGAGCCUCGCGGUUAUUGGGCAAGAGGAUUUGUCAAGGGGCAUCUGCCGUGGCCAAAUCCUUUGUUUGUUUUUGUUUUUUUUAAAAUCCCAUUAGCUUUCUAAGCAAAUUCUAUGUGUUGGUGUGUGUAUAUGUGUAUAUAUAUAUAUAUAUUUUUAAUGACUGUGCCUCCUAUUUAAGUGUUGAGUAGGGCAGACAGGAGAGUUUGGCACUGGGGAUUCUCCCGCUCCCUUUGCCCUCCGGAUGCCAAGGGACCAUGAGAGCAGGGCUGGAUGUACUGCUCAUUUUAAUAGGAGCCAAGGUUCUAGUCCUCAUGGCUGCAGAGAACAAGGUGGGAGCGCCUGUUCAGAGGACAGAGUUGCAGCUUAACUUCUGCCGUUUCUGGGCAGCUUGACAAGGCAUCGCUCCCUCACUGUUAGCGGCUGCAGGGGGGGGCGCAUUAUGCAAAAACUCAAUCAGAUAUGCAAAACCCGAGGUGCAUUGGGCUCCAGCGUACAGGAGACUCUGAAUAUUGGCAAGAGGGCACAGCUAAAAAAAAGCUGUAUCUCUCUACUUG